AUGGAGUCUGUUGAAGCGUUGCAAACACCCCAACAAGAGCAAAAGCAACAGCCAGAGAAAGAUCAAGUUGUUGCUACACAUGAUGUGACAGAUAGAAAGCAAGAAAUUGAUGGAAAUGUGCUGGUGGAGGAGGUAUCUUUGGUGGAAGAAGAAGUGAAAAUCUCUGCCGUUGUGGAUUCUGCUGGUGCUGCACCUGAUGCUGCUGUGAGCGAGGUUAUUGAGGAAACAUCUUCUUCCGUUGUUGAGAUCAUAUCUGAAUCGCAGCCAUUGGAAACAGUGUCUUUGGACGAGCUGUCUAGUUUGAUUGAUCUUAAUGUUCCCAAGGGCGUUGCAGAUGAAACGAAUGAGGAAAAGGCUGUACCACCUACCACGCCUGUGAACACGAAUGCUGCUAUGGAUGCUAAUGAAACGAAGGACGUCGCUGUUUCCGCCGAUGCCGAGAGUAUUGCUGCUGAAUCUACCAAGACGAGUAUCUCUACUAAGAAGGUUGAAGAAGAUGCCUCUGCUGCCAUUGCCUCUGCUAAAAAGGAUGACGCUGAUACUGCAGCAAAUGGAGCCCCUGAUCUUGCUGAUACCUCCCCUACCACUGAGGAAAUGGACAUCGAUGUAUCUGUCAAGCCCAUUGCCGAUAACAAGAAGAAGCAAUCUACCAAGGAACCAGCUCGCAAGGGUAAACAAGGUAAAGAACAGCAGCCUGUCAAAGCACAAGAAAGCGAAGACGAAGAGGAGUACGAUGAUAUUAUGGAAGAGGAAUACGAGGUGGAAAAGAUUGCUGGCCAUCGUGUUUUCAAAGGCAAAGUUGUUAAAUACAUUGUAAAGUGGAAGGGAUAUCCUUCAUCUGAAAAUACGACUGAGAAUGCCACCACCAUGCACGCUGAUGUGCCUGAAUUAUGUGCUGCUUACUGGGCUACAUGCAAGGAAAAGAGACCUGAUAAUGUCCCUCAAGUCGCAACUGAGGAAUUAAAGCCCUUAUUGGAUGAACAACAGCAGAAUGAUCAAGCCAAAGUGAAGAUUGACGCUGACAAUGACAGCAAUGCAUCCGACGAUGAAACUUAUAAGCCAGAUUCAAAGGCGAGAUCACCUUCACCCGUCGCUACCACAUCGCCAGCAGCCAGCAGCAAGGAUAAGGCUGGCUCGGCAACACCAAUUGAAGAAGAGGAGGAGGAGGAGGAGGAGGAGGAGGAAGAGCCUCGAACCAGAAGCAGAAGAGCUACACCUGGCCUUUCCACCUCAUCUGAUUCCAGCGCUCCUGACAUCAGUACAGCUCCCAAACAAUCCAAUCAACUAACCCCUAACAACAAAAGAAAGAGAGCUACUUCCAGCAGCGCUCCAGAGUCAUCUCAAGUUAAGAAAUUCAAAAAGAACAUGGAGCAUAUUCCCGAUUACAUGGUAAAGCUAGGAUAUCAAUUCCCAAAUCAAUGGCCCAACAAGCAGACUGAAUGGGACGUUGAUGUAAAGAAAGUCUGUGUCCAAGUAUCGCCCAUUGAUAGCAAGGUCAAGUUCACCUAUAUCGAGUGGAAUAAUGGCGAAAGGACAAUUCAUUCCAUGAAGGAAGCUCAUGAGAUGAUUCCCGAAAAAUUGAUUCAUUAUUAUGAAGAGAGACUACAAUUUGUCUAA